AUGGGAGUUCGCAUAACCACGUGGAAUGUCAAUGGUAUACGAAACCCGUUCUCCUAUGAGCCAUGGAGAGGAACGCGCACAUUUGAGUCUAUGUUUGAUAUACUGGAGGCGGAUAUUGUAAUUCUCCAAGAAACCAAGAUUCAGCGCAAAGACCUCCGCGAUGACAUGGUCUUGGUUCCAGGAUGGGAUUGUUAUUUCAGUCUCCCUCGAGUCAAAAAAGGAUACUCGGGUGUUGUGAUCUACACGCGCAAUGCCACUUGUUCUCCAAUAAGGGCAGAAGAGGGCAUUACUGGGGUUCUCUGCCCACCAAAAUCCUCAACAUCUUUCUGCAGUCUUCCAGAAGAGCAGCAGAUUGGUGGAUAUCCAACGUUAGAUCAGCUUUCCAGGCCCGCAAUGAAUCUCGAGGGGCCUGACUCGGAAGAGGAGCAAGAGUAUGUUAGCUCGGUGCCCAAUACCACAAUAGAUGCACCAAACCUCGACUCCGAAGGGCGUUGCGUCAUUCUGGAGUUUCCUGCAUUUGUCCUUAUUGGUGUCUAUUGCCCUGCCUAUCGGGAUGAGAAUCGAGAUACCUUUCGCAUGGACUUUCUCAAUGUCCUAGAUUCUCGAAUCCGAAACCUGAUUGCUAUGGGGAAGAAUGUGGUCGUGGCUGGGGACAUCAAUAUUUCGAAGCAGGGCAUUGAUGCUGCUCAUGGAAUUGAGGCCAUACGAAAAGGUACAAUGACCGAGGAAGAAUUUAUAUCUGCGCCUUCUCGACGCCUGUUUAACCACUUGAUAUCGGAUGGCGUUGUUAUUGGUGAACGUGACAAAGGCAGAGAAGAUCCUGUUCUCUUCGAUGUCUGCAGGUCAUUCCAUCCAGGUCGUGCAGGCAUGUAUACAUGCUGGGACCAGAAACUCAAUGCUCGACCAGGGAAUUACGGCUCAAGGAUUGAUUAUGUGUUGUGCAGCCUUGGUAUGCGGAGCUGGUUCUCCGACUCAAACAUUCAAGAGGGACUGAUGGGAUCAGACCAUUGUCCUGUGUAUGCUGUUAUCAAGGAGUCUGUGAACCAGCCCAAAGGCGAAGUAAACGUUCGGGAUAUUCUCAACCCGCCAGGAAUGUUUCACUGUGGCAGGCGUCAACAGGAAUACUCAAACGAGUGCGCAUUGCCCGCUUCGGGGCGUUUGCUCCCCGAAUUUGACGUUGAUAAGCGCAGAAGCAUCAAGGACAUGUUCUCUCGAAAACCAACCAGCGUUCCGUCGAGGGCGGUAGACCUAGCCAACACACCGGCUAACAUUCCCACGACUCGAGUCACAGAAUCUACAGACAUGCACGCAGCCUUCGGAUCCACUGACUCGGCCAAAAAGAUCCCUGCGCCUAUCACUGCGAGAAAUCAACUUCCUCAGACUGUUUCUCGCAAACGCUCGCAGCCUCUACCUACCACAUCCGCGAAACGCACCAAAUCCGCCGUAUCGACGUCUUCUGGGGGCUCUGCGGCAGGCCAGAAAAUGUUAACAGGCUUCUUCAAGCCAAGGGCUGUUAUAUCUGAAACCACCCAGUCACCUAUUCCUUUAUCAGGAUCCUCGACACCAUCACUCAAUCCCGAACCAUCAGGACAGUCACAAGAGAAGGGGAAAUAUCCAGAGAUCAGCCUGCAGUCUCCGGGGUUACAAGAAGAAAGCAUAAGAGAGGAAGCUGAUAUUUCUACCGAAGGGCCAACGGCCAGGAAGUUCAUUGACGACACAAUAAUUGACCCGAUUGUCAGCAAGGAGGAUUGGUCAAAACUUUUUACCAAGAAACCUGUUCCACCAUGCGAUGGGCACCAAGAGCCAUGUAUUAGAUUGACCACGAAGAAACCCGGGAUGAAUCGCGGCCGCUCCUUUUGGAUCUGUCCUCGACCAUUGGGACCCAGCGGAGAAAAGGAGAAGGGUACGCAAUGGCGUUGUCCCACUUUCAUCUGGGCCAGUGACUGGAACUCGCCGGUUGCGACGCAAGAGCAAUAA